CGAGUUUACACUAAUUCACUUUGCCAUUAUCCCACAUUUUGGAAAUUUACUAAUGCUAACCAGUGGCGUUAUGGUUGGUGGAGGAAAUCAGCGUCACCGCGUAGGAGUUUUGCCAGGUCUUCCUGGUACUGCAUCUAGUUCGGCAAAUUAUGGUGGGGAGGGACUUCGGUCUCCAUUACCGCAGCUCGAAGCAAACCAUAAUAAUCAACUCGUACCUCUUAACUCUAAAAAUUUGACAACAUGGAAUGGAUCAGCGGUAUCAGAAUUUAGAUCAAGCGGCAAAGAUGGAUUUACAAUGUCUGAACUGAGAAAUGUCGUCAAUAAAAUUUCCGUUAUAGAGGAAGCAAACAAAGCAAUAUUAGAAGAAGUUUAUAGGCUGCAAACUUCUGUCCGGGCGACUCAAUUGGAAAAGAAAGGAGAUAAAACAGAAGAGAGAAAGAUGCAACACGAAUUAAUGCAGACUAUAAGAGCAAGCAAUGACGUCGUCAGUGAGCUGACGUCACGAAUGAGACGAGCGGAAGAAAAAUUACACAUUGACAAAGAAACAAGAAAAAAUAUGCUAGCACAAACAAAACAAUUCGAGCAGGCCCUACUGAAUACACAACAAGAAUCCACUUCACAGAGAGAGAAGCAAAAAGCACAAAUUGGCGAAUUACGUCAUCAUUAUGAUGACUUAAACAGAAAAUACGACAGAAGUGAAAGAACUUCAUCUACUUUGGUUGAUGAAUUCAGACAAAUGAAAACGAAAUUAGAAAUACAGGCAAUGGAUUUUACACAUUUACAAACUGAAUUGCGACAGCGAUCAAAACGAUUGGAAGAAGACACGAAACAAGCCAUGUUGGAAGCUCGAUUUCAAAAAGACAACAACAGUCAAGCAGAGCAAAAUAGCCUUCAAACAAGACAAUUCUUCGAAGUACGUAUCAACGAGCUUCGUGACGUCAUUGCUGAAUUGCGAAAUCGAGUUGGAAGAGCCGAAGCAGAAGCUCACUCUAGUUCACAACAUACAAGCGCCAAACUGAACGAACUUCAAUCUUCCAUAAACGACCAAUCACAUAAAAGACAAGAAGAUAUUCAAGCAUUGGAAAGAAAUAGGCAAGAACAAGGGCAUGUCGAGGAAAACGAAAGAAUGAAACUACAAGGAAGAAUAAAGGAAGCUGUUGAAGAAAUGAGUGACAAAUUACUGAGUAAAGAAGUUAGAUUGAGGGAAGAAGCAUUGCAAAAAUUUAUUGAGGUGGAAAGACAAGUACAAAGAGAAGAAGGUUUAAGAAUUCAAUUUGAAAAACAACUACGAGAAGAUAAUGACACAAAGUGGAAUCUCCAACAAAAACUUAUGCAUGAUGAGCUAAAAGCCAUGAAAGAAUCUCGUAGAUCAGAACGAACUAAACACGAGGCAAAUAUGAAGCGAUCUGAAGAAUUGAUUCAUAUGCUGGAUAGAAAACUGCAAAGAGAAAAGAAAGCACUGGAGAAAGUACUGCUUGCAGAAAUACAAAAGAGAGAAGGCCAAUCAACAAACACAUUAUCUCAGAUAGACUCUCUUCAAGAACAAUUGAGAGUUGCUCUAUCGUCUUUGCAACAAGCUAUUGGUGGAGUACAAUUCCAAGUUUCACGUGAUAGAGAACAAUUUUCAAAUGAGAUUAAAACACAAUUAUCAGAAGAACAUCUAAGAGUCAGUAGAGCCGUAUCAGACGCUGAUUCUAGGUUAACGGCACUUUCUGCUAGAAUCACUCAGCAGGAUGAGACCUAUGACGUGAAGAUCAACGAGAUGGCAAGUUCAUUACGAGAUAAACAAACUGAACUUUUGCACGAUUUUCAAGAAUGGAGAGAAAAUACAAAUAAAGAUGUUGCAAAUAUACAAGAAAUACUGAAAGAAUUGCCACAAGAAAUCAAAGAAACGCAGGAAAGGGUGAAUAGGUUGAAAGACGAUGCUGAGACCCGAGUAGAAAUUGAGAACGAGGCCAGAAGAGUAGAUGCGGAAGCGACCGAAAGUAAAAUAAGAAUGCUUGCACAGCGUGCAGAUACGACUGAAGCUAUAACAAAAGAGGAUCACAAUAGAGUAGACGACUUACAGCAGCAACUUGCCACCGCACAAGGAACUCUAAAUCAGCUCACACGCACGAUAACUGACGUCCGGACAUCACACAACGUCAGGUUAAAUUCUGAAACUAAAAUGAGGUUAGAAGAAGCGAGUGGUAUAAAGAAGGAGUUGGCAAGACUUAGAAUGGAAAUUCAACCCUUGCUUUGGAAAGAAGCGGCUGGCUCGAGGCUAUUUGUCAAGAGAGGCAAAUCGAUUCUCAAUGAAUGGGGUAUUUAUCAGUGUGCAAGAUGGUACGACAUUAAAAUGAGGUGGCUGCGUAUAUUACAACGUGCUAGAAGACGAAAAAGACAAGAGAGAAUUGCAAAUGAGCACGUCAGAACUCCAUCACCUGGUCUUGAUGAGGAUUAUGCUUACGACUUACCGCACCCAAGUGCAGAACCAGGUCGAGAAGCAUGGAAAUCUCAACGUACAACUCCUGCUAGUUUUGACGAAAUGCAGGCGGGGUCGCGCCAGAGUAAUCUCGAACCAUCUCAAUUCGACGACAAUGAUGAAGGAUUCGGUUUACAUGGAGAUACCGCUAGAGCUCCAUCUGAUGUAUACGGUGGGGAACAAAGCCCAGCUUCUGUAAGACUCGGCGAUGAAGAUGACGAGGACGAAUCCGCAGAUCCGACAGCUUGGUUUAACCAGGAUAAAGUUCCUACGGAGCUAGAUAAUCAACAACACCAGGGAAAACCAAUAGAUCUUACGCAACGAAUCGAUACUCCUCGCCGUCCGUCGGUACCUGGCAGUGCCACGCGGAAUGUUACGCCUGAAAAGUCCGCCACAGGUUCUCGACAGAGUCUGCAACAUCCUAAUUCAAGGCGGGCACCAUCGCAAGCCUCAAAUCCCCAACAACCUGUAUCUCGUGCGAGCAAACCACCUUCAAGAUCUCAAGUCACACCUCGAGCACCUUCCAAUACCAGCAAUCCUAGAAACAGUCAGGCUCAGUCACGACGACAAAGCAGACAAAGCCAGCAAAAUAACGAAAAUAGUCAGGCUCAGUCAAGACGGCAGAGCAGACAAAGCCAGCGAAAUAACGAAGAUGAGCAAAAUAAUGCAAAUGAUGGAAAUAACACAGUGCAGAACAACUGAAUAGCGCGGCCAAUGUUGAAGAUCUUGCAGGAAAUUAACUUGUUUUCAACAACGUCACAAUCGGAAUAAAAUGAAACCGUUUUUGUAACUCGAAUGUUAUGGCUUCAAUUAUCUUGUGCUGGUCAGUUAUUGACUUUGAAUUGAUAUACUAUAUUGCUUCACUUGGAAAUUCUUUUUUUUAAGUUCUUCUGAUCGAUUGUUAAUAUUUUUACAUUUGAUUUUUUUACUAUUUGUAC